CACUGAUAAUAAUAAUAGUUUACCAGGGAGCUGUUGCGCACAUUUGUGAUACGGUAUAAAACAUCUUGCUAUUGCUAUGUGAUGAUAACUUGUCAAAGUUUUUCUCAGAGUUUCACCAAAUUAUUUAUGUUGUUCGUAAAAUGUGUAUCAUUUUUACUAUUCAACAAAAUCUUAGAGACUUAUAAUGUUAAUUACAUGUCAGAACUACAAUUGUUCCCAUGAUUCUUGAGUGAUGACGUGUUAUCACUCAGGCUCUGCUGCCUAGCAACAAACAUUAGCGAGUUAGCAACGCGACCUAGCCACUCUCGUGCGCUACGUUGCUAGCUCGCAGCAGCCAGGGCUUGCGGGUGGGUGGUGAUGAAGAAUUUUCAUCUUGGCGAAUGACACUAGUAGUAAUCUAACAUCGACGCUGACCUGACUGCAUUGCAUUUAGAAGGCUUUGCUCAUCUUUGUGCAUUUUUAGUAGUCAUUUGCAAGACGACAAUCAGGAGGAGCGUAGUUUUUUUUUCCUGUCGAAAAGGAACCUAGUCUUUUGGGCGUAAAGAGUGACUUUCUUUUCAAGACAGUUCAUCUGAUGUGGUUCAACACACAAACGUUAUUCCAGGGAUUUGUGUGUAUGUGUCACACGGGUGAAUAAGUGCUCCGUCGACGUCAAAGUGACACGAGCAGCUGGGGCGGCGUAACCAUGCUGGAAGAGGAUAUGGAAGUGGCCAUCAAGGUGGUUGUGGUGGGCAACGGUGCUGUGGGAAAGUCCAGCAUGAUCCAGCGCUACUGCAAGGGUGUUUUCACCAAGGACUACAAAAAGACCAUCGGAGUGGACUUCCUGGAAAGGCAGAUCAUGGCUAAUGAUGAAGACGUUCGCCUUAUGCUAUGGGACACGGCCGGGCAGGAGGAAUUUGACGCCAUCACUAAGGCGUACUACCGUGGCGCCCAAGCGUGCGUGCUGGUGUUCUCUACCACAGACAGAGAUUCAUUUCUGGCUAUUGACAAUUGGAAGGAGAAGAUUGAAGGAGAGGUGGGAGAUAUUCCCGCAGUUCUUGUGCAGAAUAAAAUUGACCUCCUGGAAGAAACGGUUAUUAAAAACGAGGAAGCGGAGGCCUUGGCCAAGAGGCUUAAAUUGAGAUUUUACCGAGUUUCAGUAAAAGAAGAUUUGAAUGUCACAGAGGUGUUUAAAUACUUAGCUGAGAAGUAUCUUCAACAACUCAAACAGCAAACAGCGGAGGAGACUGAGGCGGUACACUCGACCAGCAAUAAAAUAGGAGUUUUUAAUACCACAAGUAGUAAUCCAAGCAACCAGAGCUCCAGCAACGGCAGAGAAGUCAUCACACUACGACCAAACAAACAAAGGACCAAGAAGAGUAAAAAUCCAUUCGGCAGCUGCAGCCUCCUCUAGACAAACAGCAUUUUUUGUUUGUUUGUUUGUUUGUUUGUUUGUUUGUUUGUUUGUUUGUUUGUUUGUUUGUUUGUUUGUGUGUGUGUGUUCAUUUUUUGUGCUGACCAUCCAGUGGUAGCCUCAGAUAGAAACCAAAGUGCAAAGACGGGAAAUCACCUCGCUACACUAACCUCACAUUUAAUCUCUUUACUAAAUUCUCCUCCCCUAUUGAUGGAUGAAUUUCAUCUCCAUUAUCUUGCACAAUGGCUCUACUUUUGCUGUUCACAGAUAAUCCCUCAUGUUUUCUUCCGCAGAGAUUUUUUUUUUUGGGGUGCAGGAAAAAGAUCAUCACACAAUUUUCCCAGACCACAAAAUUUAGAUUUACGUGAAAAAUUUGUCAGAUUGAUACUGUUUUCCCAAUGACAUCGUAUGAUCCCCUGAAUAGAAUAAAUCAUGAAUAAUUUUGCUCCUGCAGAUUUCAGCUGCACAACUUUGUAUGUAUUAUAGAAGACAAGCCGAGUAUUUUAUCCCUAUCACUACGGUUUGGUUUAUCUGUAAUAAAUUCAGCGAGCGAUCAAAUGUAUUUUUAUACAAAUCAAAAAAGUGUUGAGAGAUAAUUUGAAGUGUUAACGGCUUCCUGGUGCCAAUUAUGUCCUGUCUUAAUGCAGCAGAGGUUUGAAUGUAACCUUCAAAUAAUUUGUCAUAUCCCAAAAUGAAUGUGUGUGUCCACUCAUCAAUUUAUUUACUAAAUUUUAGCCCUCUGAGAUUUAACAGGAGGCCGACACACUUGAGUUCCUCAAGUUACACUCGUCUAUCGGACGUUGUUUUUAUAUAUGUUUAUUUUUGUAUGACUUUAACUCAUUACUUUGUGAGUCAUCAAUGUUGUCAACUUGCCUAGCAGACAUCAAGCACAACAUUUUGAUUUGUAUCUAAUAUAUUGUUUGGGUGUUCCGUGUUACCAUGAUGCUUUUAAUUUGAACAAAUUAAUAAUUAAGGGAAAAUAAAUUAAUAAAUAUCAGGUCUAUGAUGUUGCUUUUAGAAUGCUUGGUGUGCUGGAAUAGCCAACAAAAUUUCAAAUCCUUUUAAAAGAAAUGCCUAUUCUGCGCUAAGACAUUUGAAAGGUUUUAUCUCACGCUGGUCUAAGAAGCACAAAGAAAAUGUUGUAGGAAAGUCUCCUGUUAAAUAUCGUAAUGUGAAAUCAUCUUUAAACUUCCUUCUUAAUUCUAUUUAAAUGAAUAUUGGCCAAUGACACAUGCAUGCACAUUGUUUUUGUUCUUUGGGAACUGAUUCUUUCGCAUGUAUGGUGGUAUUUAACAUUCAAAUAUUAGUACUGGAAGCAAAGAAAAGUGGCGUACUGUAAUUGUGUUGCAUGCAGAAGCCUUUUGUGAGCGCUCAGUGAAUGUUCCAAUUUGGUUGCAAAGCCACAAUGCCUUAACCAUGUUUACAUUGUUGUCCAUUGACCUCAAGGAAAAUAGUUUUGUCCCCUGAAAAUGGCCCGCACAUCACAUUUGUAUAUGAUCAAUUCUUUGCCUUUUUUUUUCGUCUUAACCAAAUGGACUUCACGCACUUUAUCAUUAAAUUGGCAGAAUUGGAGAAACCAAGAAUCGGGAAUUAAAAUGACUUAUAGUUAUGUGCUGUCACUCAGGUGUUGUAUGAAUUUAUGUGCUGCUUUCUUCUUAUUAUUUUUUUAUUCCAUCAACCACAUUAUCUCAUUAGAAAAAAAUUGGUUUAUGUCUCUGACAAAUAUGAAUCAUUGUUUCAUUUUUAGUUCUAACAAAUGUAACCUGAAAUGUGCCACGCAGUUGCGCUCCAGCUGUCAUGGUCUAGAGGGGAGAGGUGAAAUAAAUGAAUCUUAACUUUG